UCUGACAGCCCAGGCACGGGUUCCCUCUGAGUUGGACUGCAGCUGCUCUCUGUAAAUAAGCAGCCAUGAGGCUCCUUGAAGCAGUAUCUCUGCUAGCCGGGGACCGUCAGGACAGCACCUUCGCCUAGUGUGCAUCCAGGCCAUUGCAUGGCACAAUGGGGCUCGAUUUGAUGAUUAAUCCUGCCUGGGAGAGCAGAGCUCCAAGCUUCCACAUUUAGUUUCAUCUCCAGUUCUGAGACAUCUGUGCCAGAGAAGAAAGAACAAACAGAUCACUCCUCACUAUCGGGUUGGAGUCAGUGUCCUGCCCGCGCUCAUGAUGACGAGGGACCUGGCUCUUGCAGGCAUGCUGAUUAGCCUGGCUUUCCUGUCACUGCCGCCAUCUGGAUGUCCUCAGCAGACCACAGAGGACGCCUGCUCUGUGCAGAUUCUUGUCCCCGGCCUCAAAGGCGAUGCAGGAGAAAAGGGAGACAAAGGAGCCCCAGGACGGCCAGGAAGAGUCGGCCCUAUGGGAGAAAAAGGAGACAUGGGGGACAAAGGACAGAAAGGCACUGUGGGCCGCCACGGAAAAGUCGGUCCCAUUGGCGCUAAAGGUGAAAAAGGAGACUCUGGUGACAUCGGACCUCCUGGUCCCAGUGGAGAACCUGGCAUCCCAUGUGAGUGCAGCCAGCUGCGGAAGGCUAUCGGGGAGAUGGACAACCAGGUCACUCAACUGACAACCGAGCUGAAAUUCAUAAAAAAUGCACUGCCCUCCCCUGCAGUUGUUGCCGGCGUGCGUGAGACUGAGAGCAAGAUCUACCUGCUGGUGAAGGAGGAGAAGCGGUAUGCAGAUGCCCAGCUGUCCUGCCAAGGCCGGGGAGGCACAUUGAGCAUGCCCAAGGACGAGGCAGCCAAUGGCCUUAUGGCUUCCUACCUGGCACAGGCUGGCCUAGCCCGCGUCUUCAUAGGCAUCAAUGACCUGGAGAGAGAAGGCGCCUUCGUGUACUCGGACCGCUCCCCCAUGCAGACUUUUAACAAGUGGCGCAGUGGAGAGCCCAACAAUGCCUACGACGAGGAGGACUGUGUAGAGAUGGUGGCCUCAGGGGGCUGGAAUGAUGUAGCCUGCCACAUCACCAUGUACUUCAUGUGCGAGUUUGACAAGGAGAACUUGUGAGGGCUGGCAGGCUGUAGCUCAGGGGGGACAGCCGUCGGAACCCCAGCGGGUAUAAGCUACCCCUGAGCAUCCGUCACCGUGUCUGCCAGUUUCUUUCCACAUGGAAAUUCAGAGCCUCAUUGACCAAAAGGCUGUUUGAACCAUAGGAGGGGGGACCCUUGUUUCCCAGUGCUGUUCUGAAUAGGUAAUGUUUAUCCUGUGUCCAAGCCGAGGCACCACCUAGAAGGAUGCAGUGAAGCUCUUGUCUCGGUCCAGCCACAAAGCAUUGUAAAGGUUUCAGCGGUUGUGUGCAAACUGACCGUGGGGGCAGGAGUUACCACCACCUUUUAAAGUAUACAAAAGGCACCAUUUGGUGGCGACCGAUAUUUCUGUAAGUUACUCUAACACCUAGGUUCCUUUCACUAUUAUCCACGUAAGAACACUGCUGCUCUGCUCCAAACCCAUACUCCAGGAACACAAAUAAAUCCUCUGAAUUUUGCU